AUGGCGGACUCGACCACCACCACGCCGCCUAAAUCCGUCCACACCAUCGUGCUUGACGCCGGCCCCAUCCUCAAAAAUACCCCGCCGCUAUCCACCCUACUCGCACAAAGCGAGGAACUCCUCAUCACUCCGUCUGUGGUCGCCGAAAUCCGUGAUCCCGAUGCUCGCGCUCGAGUGGAAACCCUCUACCUACCAUUCUUGAAGCAGCGAUCCCCCUCUCCGAAGAGCGUGGCGAUCUUGAGCGAAUUUGCCCGCAAAACUGGUGACCGCUCCGUGCUGAGUAAAACCGAUAUCGAGGUCCUGGCGCUGGCCUAUGAGCUGGAGUGCGAGCGCAAUGGCGGCGACUGGCGACUACGGAGUGUUCCCGGUCAGAAACAGGUGAAUGGCAAGCCCCCCGUGAAGGAGGAAGAACAGAAGACCGAAGGCGAGCCCGAGUCAGCUGAGAUCAAUUCCUCCGCCCCUGAGAUGGAUACCGUGGCCGAGGACCUCAAGAAGACUUCGCUAGAGGGUGGUAACGAGGAGUCGCAAACAGAAACUCCUGCCGCUGCCACAGAGACGGCGAAGGAGGAUGCACCCGUCGAUCCCUCGGCGGCUCAGGCGCUCGAAGAAGAGCAAGAAGAGGAAGCCGAUGCUGCUGACGACGAAUCGGAUGGCGGAGAAUGGAUUACACCUUCGAAUUUCAAGAAGCGACAGGCUCGCGAUGAAGGAAGCUCCUCGGCAACCCCAGAGCCCAAGGUGAUGCAGGUCGCAACCAUGACAACUGAUUUUGCGUGCCAAAACGUCUUGCUCCAGAUGAACUUGAACCUGCUUUCGACAACCACCUUGCAAAGAAUCAGACACCUCAAAUCGUUCAUCAAACGCUGCCACGCUUGUUUCCUUACCACCAAAGACAUGAGCAAACAAUUCUGUCCUCGCUGCGGAAAGGACACCCUUACCCGUGUCUCUUGCACCACGAAUUCCAAUGGACAGUUUACGAUGCACCUGAAGAAGAACAUGCAGUGGAACAACCGGGGCAACAAAUUCAGUGUCCCCAAGCCCGUUCACGGAAGUUCCAAUGGAAAAUGGAAAGGUGGCGGUGGUAAAGGCGGCUGGGGAACAGAACUUAUCUUGGCCGAGGACCAGAAAGAAUACACAAGGGCCACGGCAGAGGAGAACCGAAGACUGCGCAAAGAGCGGGAUCUGAUGGACGAGGAUUAUCUCCCAGCUAUUCUGACCGGAGAACGAAGCAGGCAGGGAGGUCGCAUCAAGGUGGGCGCCGGCCGAAAUGUGAACUCAAGAAAGCGGUAA